AUGAUUGUAGGCAAUGGAAAUCAUAUAAAAAAUCUUUUUACUGAUUCUAAUCCAAUAACAACUCAACGUGAAUUAACAACUUUAUAUGAUUAUGUAGUACAUAUUUUACCCGAACAAGAAAUUGGUUAUUUUGCAAAUGGAAAUGGUUGUCUUUCAUCUUCUAAUUUAAAUUUAAAUCAUCAAAUAACAACAUUAACAUCAGUUCGUUUUAAAUAUCCAUUAGAUGCAAAUGAUGAAUUAUCAUUAAAAUAUUUUUGUUUUCCUGAUCAACAUGAUUCAAAUAAUAAUCAUAAUAUAAAUUCAUUUUUAUCACCAAUAAAAUCUAAACCAGAAUAUUUUCGUUUUACAUUAACUGAUAUGCAUGGAAUACGACAACAUGGUUAUUGUUCACGUUUUGUACAUAAAGGUAUUUUAAAUGCAUUAUGUAUUAUAUCACCAUAUGAUAUGAUUGAUGUAUAUGAAAAAAUUCUUUCAACAGCAACACAAUUAUUUAUUUCAUAUAAAGAUGAAGAUGCAAAAUUAUUUCUUGAAGAAAUUUAUCCACAUCGUUUACCAAAUCGUGGUGAUACAAUACAUAUACAUACAACAACAGUUGGUUUAUUUACAUUAAAAUGUGAACAUGAUCGUCGAAAACAAUUAAUUGAUUCACCUACUUUACUUAGUUUAUCAACAGGUAUGAUUGUUGAGAGUAGGAUGUUUACUAAUUAUGACAAAAAAAAGUGA